ACAGUUUUUACACUAGUUCAAGCAUUUGCCAUAAGUUACACUUCAUCAGGCCAAAAAAAGGGCAGCAAAUCAUGAAAGUGAAGCAUCAAGGAGUCUCCACGCUCUAUACUUAAUCCAUUCAAUUUCCUGCUGAAGUAGAAUUUCCUCCAUUACUGUCAGCCCUUCCAAUCAGCCUAGAGCAGCAGCCUCCUUAGUUUCUUCUGGAAACUUUCCACUUUGGAACCCCCAAAGAGUGGCCAGCAGUCACCAAGGAGGGUUCUCUCCUGCUGUGUGCUUAAUGAAACUGGUAGACCGGCAGCUUCCUUCUGGUUGUCAUGGAAAUGAGCAGGGUCACUGGCCCUCUGAAAACAGAAAAGAACAGCAAGUGCAAGGGCAGGCAUUCGGUCCUGCCUCGCAGAUUAAACCAGCUGUCAAGGCAGAGUGAAGGAUCAGCCAGAGGUCCGGGCAGCGGAGCAACCAGCCUCGCGUUGGAACUCCGAGAUGAGAGUUCCAAUGAACUGGCUCAUGAAGGGGAAACACAAGCUCGCCGGCCCACACUGAGACAAUAAUGGCACUGCCUUCCGGGCGCAGCCUCCUUCUGAUCGGGGCACUCGGCAUCUUUGCACUCGAAUGCUUCCCAAGAGCUCAGAGGAACAGCACACUAAUUUUCACGAAGGAAAACACCAUCCGGAACUGCAGCUGCUCUGCGGACAUCCGGGACUGUGACUACAGUUUGGCCAACCUGAUGUGCAGCUGUAAAACCGUGUUACCUUUUGCGGUUGAGCAAACUAGCUAUGAUGAUCAUCUGACCAUCUGGUUCACAGACACAACUGCACUGGGCCUCCUGUUGAACUUCACGCAGGUCCGGGACCUGAAGCUUUCUCUGUGCAGUGCGACCACUCUCCCCACUGAGUACCUGGCCAUUUGCGGUCUGAAGAGGCUUCGCAUCAACACGGAGGCCAAGCGUCCCUCCCCAGAGCAGAGUUUACUCAUCCACGAUGGUGGGGAGAGUGAAUCCAGGGAGAAGCCCAUGUUGCCACAUGAAGGCUGGCAAAACUGUAUGUAUAUUUCCUUCUUAGAUAUGGCACUUUUCAACAGGGACUCAUCCUUAAAAUCAUAUAGUAUUGAAAACUUUGCCAGCAUGGCCAACAACUUCCCCUACUUUUCCUACUUUAAAACCUUCCCAAUUCUAAGCAACAAAAGCUAUAUUGUCACAUUCAUUUACUAACAUCGUAGCUGUGUCCGACCCCCGGGAACUCAGGCACACCAUGGAUCAUUUCAAUAAGGAAUCUGUGAACAAGGUCAUGGGUAUUCCUCUGAGCAACUUCACUUCUCCCCCAGCCCCCAUUCACACACAGCCCCCUCUGCCCCAUCCAUGCUCAACCAUGGUUGCUGUUCUGAAAGACAAAA